CGCAAAAGGUGAAACAUACAGGCAUAAAAUAUUAGAGUAUCAGCGAUGGUGUGGUGAAACAAAUACUGACAGCUUGGAAAUGUCCAGUUCGAGGGUAUUCGAUAACGCUGUUUUUGACAGGGACGCUGCUGCUCCAGACCAAUCCUUUCAUCAGACUUUAAGUAAGAUGCAGGUUGCGCAGCCAGGUCAGAUGAAGCCUGUGCCAGCGACAGCUGUCCAGGGAAAUGGACUCGUGCGCCGGUCGACGGUUGCGGACGCCAACACUCUACGGGAAUCAACACAAGAGCUUUUUGAGACGAGCGAGGCCCAGAUCCGCUAUCGUGCCUACAGGUCUGAGUACAGGCGCUAUGAUGCGUACAGCCGGCUGCAGGCGGCUGCAGUCGCCAUGGGAGAGUCCUUGGCCAUUCCAGAGAUAGUUGCUAUUGGUGGCCAGUCCGACGGCAAAUCUUCCCUCCUGGAAGCGUUCCUCGGCUUCCGCUUCAACGUUCGGGAAGUUGAGAUGGGAACGCGGCGGCCUCUCAUAGUGCAGAUGGUGCACGACCCUACCGCCAACGAGCCCCGGUGCAGACUGCAGGAGGAGGAUUCCGAUGAGUACGGGCCGCCUAUCGUGCCCGAGACUGCUGUGGCUGAUGCCAUCCAGCGGCGCACGGAGGAGCAUCUGCGCAAGAUGGGAGGCAUUGCCGUGUCGUCAAAACCCAUCGUUAUGCGUGCGGAGUACGCCUACUGCCCAAACCUAACCAUCAUCGACACGCCGGGCUUCAUCCUUAAGGCGAAGACGGGAGAGCAGGACAACACGCCCGACGAGAUUAUGUCUAUGGUUAAGGCGCAGGCGUCGCCGCCGCACAGGAUGAUCCUCUUCCUGCAGCAAUCCAGCGUGGAGUGGGCUAGCUCGCUGUGGCUGCGGGUGGUGCAGGAGGUGGACCCCUACUUCCAGCGAACGGUGAUCGUGGCGAGCAAGUUCGACAACCGACUGAAGGAGUUUGCGGAGAGGUGGGAAGUGGACAAGUACCUCAGCGCUACCGGCUACUUGCCGCCCAACGUGCGGCCGUUCUUUGUGGCCUUGCCCAAGGACCGGGCCAUUCAGAGCAGUGCUGAGUGGCGGCGCAGCAUGUCGGAGGUGGACCAGGCCGUCUUCAAGCACCUGAAGGACGGCAUCAAGGGAGGGUUCGAUGAGGAGCGCUUCGCCUCCCGCAUCGGCUUCUCGAACUUGAAGAAGUUCCUGGAGGAGGAGUUAAGUCGGCGCUACCGCGAGGCGGCGCCGGCCACGCUGGCGCUGCUGCAAGAGCGCUGCGACGCGGUGUCAGCAGAGCUCAUGGCGGCGGAGAUCCGGCUCAAAGCGGCGGAGGACGUGGGGGCGCUGCGACGAGCAGCCAUGAAGUACGCGGACACAGUGGCCCGGCAGGUGGUGCUGCUGCUGCAGGGCUCAGCGGAGCCCGACCCCAUGCAGCAUGGCCUGACGACGGCGGAGGAGCGCGCUGCUUCGCGAGCUCCUCAGUGGCCCGGGCUAACCAACAAGAAGGUACGACCACAGCACUGCGGCAGCAAGCUCUUCGGCGGUGCUGCAUUUGAGCGCUGCCUGGAAGAGUUCAACCUCGCCGUCCGCUCCAUGCGCUUCCCGAGCAGCAUGGGCGAGGACCGGAUUCGUAACAUCAUGCUCUCGUACAAGGGCAGGCACCAAACAGGCGGCGGUGCGAAGGCAGCUGAGGACAUUGCGCGACAGGCAGCGAAGGAGGCGCUUGGGCCGCUUCUCGACGCGGCGUGCGUGCGCAUGGCCUUCAUCUUGCGCCGGCUGUACGACAUAGCUGCAGACCGGGCAGCGGCCACAAUGGGCAGCAAGGAGAACCUGCACCCCUACAUCUCCUUCCACGCGGCUCUCCGGAGCUCACACCAGUCGUUCAUCAACCGGCUGGAGGAGCAGGCGCGCAGCAUGCUGAAGACGCACCUGGAGGCCGCCACCAGCCAGUUCGCUAUGAACAUGUACGCGAUGAUGCCGGACCCGGGGGACACGGAGGUACCGGCCAGCAACAGCAGCAGCGACGCAGAGGAGGAAGGGGACGAAGAGGAGGGCGCCGCAGCGGACGAUCGCCAAGUGGAUGGUGCCGAGGGUGUAAUGCCCACCCCGGUACAGGUACGCGCGCAUAUGACGGUACCUGAGACGCCCGCCUCCAUCGCCGCUACCAACCAGGUGUUGAACGACCGGCUGAAGGCAGUGCAGCUUGCUGGAGCCGAUGGAGCAGGGCCAGGGCCUGGCCGCUUCGAGGAUAACACGCCUAGCCGGCGGGCAACCAAGUCGCGCCGCUUUGGGCUUCCAAACGGAGAACGCCCUGCGGGUGCCAUGGUGAGCAACGGCGGCAACGAAUUAUCGUCGAGCGGUACCUGGGACGUGGUUUCCUCAGCAGAGAAGCUGUUCCGAAAGAUUCGCACUGCGGUGGCCGACCAGUACGCCCCCACCACUCUGAAGAACACGUUCUUGGACCCCAUGACGGAGCGGCUGGGGCUGGAGGUGGCGCUGGACCUCUUCGCGCGCAGCGACGCGGACUUCGCCGGCAUGUUCAGCGCUGCUGGCGCUGUUGCCGCGCUCGCCUCAAAGCGUGACAUGCUCGCUCGCCGCGUGGAGGGGCUCAUCAAGUGCAAGAACGAGUUCCAGGAGCUGGCCAAGUGCCUGUGAGAUGGACCCCGCAUGCGCAAGGGGGACAGCAGCUGCACAGUUCCUGUGACCUUACUGCAUGGGGUGCGAAGCGUAUCGGCUGUGAGAUUUUCUGGGGCACGCUGCAGCGUUCAGGCAAGGCUUGGAAUGGGUCGUCUUGGGCACCGUAAUUUGUAUGUAGGUGCAUCCUGUGGCAUCAAGUUCUGACAUUGUGUACGUGGCUUUGACAGCGCCUUGUGCAUGUCUGGACGGCAGCGCACGUAUCUUUCUAUCCUUGGGGUGUGAGCCGAUGAUAUCAGAGGAUGUGACUUAGACGCUACGGAUACAAAUUAGAAACCGGUGGGCAUCAAGGUUAUACAUGGUAUCCCCAUGCGCGCUACUAGUGACCUUAGGUAGUGGAAUUACUUGUAAAUAGAGUGGCUGGUUAGGAAUAUGGAGGAUCUUGUUAUAUAGCUCUCUGGCAUGGCCUUAGGAAUUACCCUGUACAUAGCCCCGUAAGGUGGCCGGCUCCCGCCUGACCCAUGCUAGUGUUACGCCUUCGUGCUGACUCGUGUCCGUCAUGUGGGUCGGCAACCUGUAUCCUUCCCGGUAAGGGAGACCGGGCCGCACGCUGACACGUUACUGGAUAAUGUCGACGGAUAAUGCUUGGAGGGAAAGAUGUGUACAGACUAUCUUGGGACGGCAUUCGUACGUGUCCUAUGUCUUACGCGUCCGCAACAUUUUGUGCAAACAGCACCUAGUGUAACCUCUGCCUUCAUG